AUGGCCGCUCCGGGAUCCAGCGCCGUCACAAUUGAUCGCACCUAUUUCGAGACAUUGUUGCGAAGGGCCGAACAUAACCAGAACGAUGGCCUCGCCGAGAACGCGUUUUCGGCCGCGUUGGACUCGUUCGUACCCGUGUCUAGAGAGGAGUAUGACAACCUUCUGCUCGUUGCCCGUCAAUAUGCAAACCUGAAGCGGAGCCUCAUGGGUGCUGGUGUCACUGAAGACCAUAUCACGACCCUGAUCCAGGAUAACGACUACGUUCCGCCUGCUGGUGCAUACGCGGCCUCUAGGCCCUCGUACAAGCGUGACGACACCGAAGACGGAGGAGCUCGCCUGAAGCCCAUGUCACAAGCGCACUCGAACUUCCGACCAUCCUCCAACGUCUCCUCGUAUAGUCCGUUCCUCCAAGGCGAUGGUGCGAACCACUACAACGGGUUCGGGUCUAGACAGGCCGGGAAGCACGACUGGGCUGAGCAGGAGCCACAUGGCGAUGAAGACACCCCUUCUUAUUCGGCUGAAGGUCCAACAUCCGAUCUGAAUAAUGAGCGCACGUUUAUGCCCUUCGGCCAGGCUGAGAACGCCCCGCAACGACCGCAUUAUGCUCGAAUGUGCAAGAGAACACUAAUGCUGGGUGGCCUGCCAGACCGAACCACUCAUUGGGAUGUGACGAGUGUCGUUCGUGGUGGACUGCUCCUAGAUAUCUUUCUCCGAGCUGCUGACCACAUGUGCCUUGUUUCCUUCUUACACGAGGAAGAUGCUGUGCGAUUCUACGAUCACGCAAGGAAGAAUGAUAUCUACAUCAACAACAAGAGGGUCUUCAUUCGAUGGGCAGACCGUCAUUUCCAUCUUGCUGGACAUGUCGCCAGCAAGAUUGGUACUGGUGCAACCCGCAACAUGAUUAUUCGACGAUGUGACCCCAAGCAUACUGAAGACACCAUUCGCGAUGACUUGGAGCACAUCCACAAUCUUGUCGUCAUCAAGGUCGAGUUCAUUGGGGGCAGUUGUUACAUCAAGACCAACUCUGUGCACAAUGCCAUGUUCGCGCGAACGUGCAUGAUGAGCCGAGCGACGUACAAAGGCUCCAAGAUCGAGUGGGACGUGGACGAGUGCGAGCAGCCGAUUGAGGUCAUUCAGAAGAUGCCACCGCAGCCCGUGCCGCAGCGAGCUCCCCCCAACAAAGCAGCUCCAGGGUUCCGAAAUCGGUUUGACAUGCUGCGCCUGGAUGACGAGGACAACGAUGAGACUGACGAUAAGUUCGAUACCUCAUCCGAGAUGCCUGGAACUGUGGACGUCACAGCAUGA